UGCAAACAAUUUUUAUAAAAAUAGUUUAAAAUAAUCCAAUAAUUUAAAUGAAUAAAAGUAAGGUCUGUGAAUAGAGUUAUAGAUAUAGAUAAAUUUUUGAAAUAAAUAUGAACACAAGAGCUUCUGAAACCUGGGAAAUAACGGGGCCAGGAGCGGGUGGAAGGUUCGUAAACCUGUUCAACAGAUCUUGACGCUUUCUCAGUGCAAUGGCCGCCGUGACCUAUACGUCAGUGUGUCAAUUGUGUUUAAAUUUCGUUUGGUGUGUUGCUCUACAUCUUCAACAAUGUGUAUACAGUUUUUUUCGAUACAUUUGGGACAGUUUUAUUAUUCAAAGUGGUUUGUUCAUACGUUCGAUUAUCUCACAUGUCUUAUAUUUCCGGUGAAACAGACAAUGUGCCAAGACUACUUGCCGCUGGCAAGCGGCUGUCAGUAUGCGUUGUGGUAUUAUGGUGCACAAGUUAACACAUUUGAUAUUAAAAUAAACGAAAGUUCGUAGUUACUUUUUUAAAAAUGAAUAUAUCAAUGAAUAAAACUUCAAAUAAACUGAAUAAACACUUAUGAGUGUGAAGUCUAUAAAACUUGGAUUUUGGUUACCGUACUUUCAAAGAAUGUUAUAGAUUAAGUUGAGAGUCUCUGACAAAAGCAACAAGUAGAUGGACGAACUUGAUUAGAUUUAAUAUAACUAUAAUUUGUGCUUUAUUAUUAAUUUAAAUAAUCAUUUAAAAUAAUGUAUUUAUUUUAAUAGAAUUAUGAAGCAUUCAAUAACAUGAAGUGAUAAAAAUUUUGAAAUUAUCAAUUCAAUACAAGUGUGUUUAUAGAAUGAGUAUUGGUUAUACAGUUAUAAACUAUUGUGGUGACGCAUAAAUUAACAAUAGAUUUUUAUGUAAUUUGUAUAUAAAAAUUGGUAUAUAUGAUGCAUAGAGAUAUUCAUAACGAAUUAGAUUAGAAAUCGGGUUUUUCUAUCCCAAACAGGUGCAGUAGCUACCAUAAAUAUACAAAGAAAAACAUGGAAGCAGAAGCAACUACUGAGAAUCCAAGACCCCCUUGGUAUACAGAAAUUUUCAAAUAUUUUAAAAGUCACAAUCGUAUUGAUCCAGGUAAAAUUGAAUUACCAGAUUGUGAUUUUUUAAUAAUAAAACCCGGUCGUACUCUUCGGAUUUUAAAACCAACACCAAUGCAAAGUGGAUUCUAUGAAUUAAAUUCUGACCGACCGGAAUCUAUUAAUGAAAAUUUUAUCACACGAUGGACAAAGAGACCUCACUCAGUCAAUAAUUGUAGAUGCUCUUUUCGUCAGUCAUCUAAAUUAGAAAUGACUGAAGAAUGGAUUUCUACAAAAAUAAAUCAAAUAAAACAAAAUUUAUCGGAAGUUGAAGUAAAUAAUGAUAAUGUAAAUGAAAUAGAUAAGAAACUUUCUGUUACCACGGAAUCCUCUAGAGAAAUGAAUGACAGUUUUGUAAAUAUUAAUUUACUUUCUAAUAAUCAAAUUGUAAAAAGUAAUAUUGUUAAAGAUUUAGAAACAUACAUAGAUAAACUUCUUAAUGAAAUUUUAUCUGAUACUAUGAAAUUUAUGAAUGAUUCUGACAAUACUCUAAGAAAAAGUUAUCAAGCUCUUAAUAAAAUAAAUCAACAAAUUAAUCCAAUGAAAGAAAAUGAAUGUGAUACUCAACUUUCAAAAAGCUCGUUAGACAUAAGCUUUAUUUUUCAUGGUAACGAUCAUGAUCAAAUCAAUUAUAAGAAUGAUUACAAAAAUGAAGGCUACACCAAUCAAGUAUUUGUUGGAUCUGAUGAUGAUCCUGACUGUUUAAAUUUUUACCUCAAACAACCAGUUGGAAGUUCGAGAAAGCAUGAUAUUAUGGAUUGCGUAGAUUCUGGAAUAAAUAGUGUUGAAACUAUUGAAUUUCCUAUUGAAUCAGAUCUUAAUCUUGAAGAAUCUUUAAUGCAAAUUAUAGAUGAGAAGUUUGGUUAUUCUUCUCCCUUGAAAGAACUGACUAAUCAAAAUACUCAAGAAACUUUUAUUGAUAGUAUUCAAGAUAAUGAGGAUAAAAAUAAAGUAAAUAGUAGUAAAGUAGCUUUACAUAAUUACAAUAUAUGUAACUUCUCGGCUACUGAUGAGAACAAAGUGAUAAAUUUUAAGAAUCAAUCUAAUGAUGAAAAAUUUAAUUUGACAGAAAAUGUAAACACUACACCGGAUAUCAACAAACCGGACCAAAUAUUAAAACCUGUAACUUUUUUAUGUGAAGAAUUGUCUGUAAACGUUGAUAAUAAUUCUCACCAUGACAACAAUAAUAAGAUAACUAGAAAAGAAAAGAAUCUCAACAAUGAUAAUCAAUUGGAAGAAAAAAAAAUAGAAAUAGAAGAUUACAAAGUAACAUGGAAAGAUUACACUGAAUCUAGUCAAAAUGACAACGAAUCUCUGACAAAUUCAGUUAUUUGUCGCAGACAUAAAAAACCUAUUAUAGUAUUUUUUCAUGGGUUUGGGUCAUCUUCAGAAGCUUUUAAACAUCAACUUGAAUACUUUACGCAAAUGGGUUAUCCCUGUAUUGCACCUGAUAUGUUGGGACAUGGAAUGAGUUCAACACCAAAUAAAUCUCGAGAUUAUCAUUUUGAUAAGCUACUUAACGACCUGGAAGUUGUUCUUAAACACUAUGCUUUUCAGUCAGGACAAAAAUGCGUUUUGGUCGCACAUAAUUACGGAUGUAGUUUUGCAACUGCUCUAGCAUGUAAAUAUUCAAAUGAAAUUCAUCAAUUGGUAUUGAUAUCUGGUGGCGGACCCACCCCAUUAGCUCCACCAUCUAAGGAAGGUACGGGUCAUUGCUGUUUAAGAAUAGUCCUUUCACCGCUUUUAAUGUGUGGUCUUCAUCGAGAGUUAUUAUAUUCUGUAAAAGGCCGGCAGCAUCCUUACUGCGGUCUAGAAUCACAGGGCCAAUGGCCAUCUCAUAUGCAAUAUGUAUUAGAUGGAAUGGUUUGGCCUGAAGGUGAUUAUAUUUUCCAUAGAAGAAUUUGUACACCAACGCUUCUUAUUCAUGGACUUAGAGAUAAAAAAGUAUCAUUGGUUCAAGAAUGUCAAAUGGAAAGAACAAUAGUGAAAGCUUUUUUAGAAGCCAUUCCUACAGCUGGGCAUGCACCUAUGAUAGACACUCCUGAACAAGUUAAUCACAUGAUACACUGUUUCAUAGAUUUAUGGAAAAGAAAAAAUCGGUGAUAUCACUGAGGCUAAUUUUAUUAGAUGGUUCAAUUAAAACCAAAAUUUAUUAACAUUAAUGCUGUUAUAUAUUAUUCUUAAUCUGAUGAACCUUUUAUGAUGCUAAUAAGAUAUAUAGCGGCAACGCUAAAAGUGAAAACUAAACAUUCAAAAAUAACAAUUGAAAUUUAGAAGCCAAUUAAGUUAUACUCUUAAUUAUUUAUCUGAUAGCUAAAUUGAAUAAUAGAAUAAGAUGUAAAGUAAAACUGUUUAACACAGUGUACACUUGUAAUUUUUGCGCUUCAAUAAUUGUGCCAAAAACAUUCGAGAUCAAUAGAAGUAAUCAAUUGCCGCACAGAAUAUCUUUAAUUAUUCUGAUGUAUAUUUGCAGAAUUAAUGAAAUUACUUGACUGCGCAUAUUGUAAGAUGUACCAAAGAUAAUUUUAUCUAAUUUUAUAUAAUGUAUCUCUUUCAUACUAAAACAUAAAUUAUUGGAUUUAAAUUUAUUUUUUAAAAAUUUCUAUCUAAGUCUACCACAUUACUUGUUCAAAUUGAGGCUUAAUGAUCAGUGAUUUAGAAGUCUUUGAUUGAGUGGGUUUUCAGGAGAUUUCAUCCAUUCUUUUUUUAAUAUUUGCUUUAAUUGACUUAGCCUUAAUGUUGGAUUUUGUUCCUUGAUAAUGGGCAUCAUACGUUCUUCGAAACUUGCAUAGGCUGCCUUCACACGUUUCUCUGGAUGUCGGUCAAUUUCCGGAUCUUUCAAACUAGUUUUUAAGAAUUAUAGUAAUAUUAUUUAUUAUAAUUUUAACAAUAAAAGACAUUUAUUAAGAAGUAA